AUGUGGUUCGGAGCGCGUGCAGCUAGGGGCGCAAGGAGGGGUGCCCAGAUCGCGGAAGGGGCGGAAAGGGAGGCGCAGGGAAGGAGCAGGAGCAGGACGAGCGGGGCCAUGCGGAGAGCUGCGGCGGAAUCCGCUAACGCGCAUGAGGGGGACGAUGAGGGGGAACGGGGAAAUGGACGGACGAAUGGGGGUGCGGAACAAGGGGGGAGUGAAAGCAAUUAUCAGCGUCCGCUAUCUGUGGUGAUACAUGGGCCUGUAUCGUCGUUCUUCGUUGGAACGCAGGUUGUUUAUAACGGGGAUGGGGGCCAAGGGCGGGAUGCGGGCAACGGGGAACAUAGCAAGAGUAAGAGUCCCGUUAAAGAGUUGAAGGAGAAGCACAAGAUUGAUGCAGAUACAGGGGCUUGUAACGGGGAUACAGGAGCAUCCCCGGAGUUUAUUAUAUUAGAGAAAUCCUGCAGCGUUUUCGGCCACGCGGAGGCGCAUAACGGGGCUGCCACUAACGUGUAUUAUGACCCGGCAGAAGGCAGCCACGCGAUGGGAGGGGAGGAGAGUGACGACAGCUGUAGCAGCAACUGUAGCAGUGACUGUAGCGACGACAGCAGCUGUAGCCGCGAGCGAGGCAAGGGCGGCGGGCAUAGAGAGAAACGCGGUGGUGGGGGAGGCGGGGACAGUGGUGAUCUGAUAGACUUCCAAUUCGUGAGCGCGUCGGGCGAAUCAGAGGGCUCCACGUGGAUAGAGGCGGUGCACCUGGUGCUGCCACCUGUCAUCCCGCGGUCCUCCUCUGAGGCCACGUGGGAUGCGCUACAGGCGCCAAACGGCACAGCUGGCAUGGAGCCUAUACUGGACGGCAAAUGGGAGGCGGGCUUUAAGGGCACCAAGAGGGCGUUCGCGUGCCUGCUGCUGCUGGGCUGCCUCCUCUAUAUCGCCGCCUUCCUCUCUGGCAUCAUUGUCAACAGCACCACAUCCAUGCUCACUUCACAAACCCUCUGGAUCGCCAUGUCAUACCUCAUUCUGUACCUGGUGAUUGCAAGCCUUGGCUUGGCUGGUUCCCAUUACAACAACGUGAGCAUGAUGACGCUGUACAUCUUGAUCCAGACUACAGUGACAAUCAUAUCAGUUCUCGAUUCCAUUCGUCCUUUCCUCCUCUUCUGCAUCCUGCUCAUCCUUCUCGCCAUCCACAUCAGGUUCCAUAUGCUAUCUAUGGAGCUCGCUGAGCGUCGCUUGCUUGCAAGGCUUGUAGGCCGACCUGCUCCCCCUCCUCGCACCGACACAUGGCCUUACCGUCUACGAAUGUUUCCUGGAAGUUUCUCGGAUAUGCUGAAGCACACACCAGUGUCGAGAUUCAGAGCGAGCGGUGACCCGUGGUACCAGGAGACUGUAGUGCGGUACAGAAGGAGAGCGGAGGAGGAGAGGGACGGGGUGCGAGAGAGCAAUGCGAGGGGGCGUGGGGGCGAGGUGGAGGAGGGAAGUGGAGUGACAGCAGUGGGUGUGGGAAGGGAAGAGGGUCGAGAGCAACAGGGGCAGCAGAGGGAGCAGGGGAGAUCGCAGCACAGAAUGCAGCAACACAUUCGGUCUCGGCUGUCUUCCGUAGGCUUCAGUCCGCCUGCCUGCAGAGAACUCGACUUAGGUGCCACAGCUUUGGCGGCUGAAGUUGGCAGUGGCUACUGGCUGGCAACGAGCGGGAGCAUGGCGGCAUGCAGCGUGAAUCUGAAGAGGGUGGCCCUCCUGUGGAUAAUUUCAAAUGGAUUCUUUAGUGCUUGCGUGGCAGGUGAUGUGCCGUCGUCCGGCAGGAGGGAUGCAAUGCGGACUUCCCGGGAGUUGAGUGAUGGCGGUGGUGGUGCUGGCGGCCCGUUCAACGUGUUCCCUGCACAGUCCUAUCUCAACGUUUUCAACUUCAACAUUCCACUGCCUCGCCUGCCCCAGCUGCCCUUCCCCUUGAAGGACAAGUUGAAGGACAAAUUCAAUAAGUUCCAUAAGUCGCCUCCGCCCUCCCCUCCUCCUCCAUCCCCUUCCCCUCCUCCUCCUCCCCCCCCUCCACCCAAGAAAAAUUCCCCCCCUCCUCCCAAGAAGUCCCCCCCUCCUCCUGAGAAAAAGUCGCCGCCGCCGCCCGAGAAAAAGUCCCCUCCUCCGCCCGAGCACAAGUCGCCCCCACCACCCAAACACAAGUCUCCCCCGCCGCCUGAGAAAAAGUCGCCCCCGCCGCCCGAGCACAAGUCGCCCCCGCCACCCAAACACAAGUCUCCUCCUCCGCCCGAGAAAAAGUCCCCCCCACCACCCGAGCACAAGUCACCCCCUCCUCCUGAGCACAAGUCUCCCCCCCCUCCUGAGAAAAAGUCACCCCCUCCCCCUGAGCACAAAUCGCCCCCUCCGCCCAAGCACAAGUCCCCUCCUCCCCCCAAGAAAAAGUCGCCCCCUCCCCCCGAGAAAAAGUCCCCUCCCCCACCAUCUCCCUCUCCUCCUCCUCCUCCUCCUCCUCCACCCCGCAAGCCGUCCAAAAAGGAUCACCUCAUCAUUAUCCUCCUGAAAGGUGCGGCUGUUCUCGUGCGCAAGGCACACGGCAUCCUCCCCCCUGGGAACGACGCCCAGAAGGAGGAGCUGUGGGAUGUGGUGACAGCACUGGGGGAUGCGGAGGUGUUGAUCAAUGAGGGGAGGCGGGAGCUGGUGCAGGAGCAGUUGGAUAACAGUGUGGUGACUUUGGAGGAGGUUGGGGGGGAGCUGCAGGGAGGGUGGCUGCAGGAGCAAGCUGCGGGGGGGAUGAUUGGGCUGGCUCGAGUGGAGAUCAUGAAAGCUCAGGCGCUUUUUCAGUAG